AUGGACAGUGCUCCGCUCGUUACCGACGACCUUCUCGAUCCGCCGCCUCGAAUAUACGAGCGAUUGCGUCAGAUAGCUGGAUAUACUUGGGAUGAAAACCAGCUACCCUUCCAUUCUUCUUAUGACUACUGGCAUGUUGUUGGCACCCGUUUUGUCUCGUCGGUGCCUUCGCCCUCGAGCUCACACAAUGCUUCAAGCCCAGGAUCAGCAUUGAGGCUGCAUUCUGGCCGCCCAUCUCCGUCAGAACCUUACGCCCCAAUAUCGAAUACCGAUGGCUAUGAUACCCAGGCAAUUACACCCCCAGCCUCCUCCUCAUCGAACAACCCAAACGAUGCUCCUUAUAUCGAAGAAAAAGUGGUUGCUCGGAUAUCUUACCAUGCUUUACGAGAAGAGCGGGCUUUUCAUAUCGCCAGAAGCUUAAUUGCCAACUCGGACCCGACCGGUCAGCAUAUUGUCAAACCUCUGGAUUUGAUUAGAUUAAACCCUCUCCCUGGCGAUCGCGCUCAGGUUGUUGUUGCUAUAUACCAACAUCCUGGGCCUAAUUACCUGCUGGAGGUGCUGGAUAUGGGCCCUGCUUUCUACAGAGCUCGUACUCACGGAGAAACCUUUACCUCAUUACGGAAGAAUGAACCCGAGUUGCACGACCCGAUUUCAUUACAAUACUUUCUCGACUUUGCUAUAGGCGCAGCACAAUGUCUGGAACUCCUCCACCAUAAUCUUGGUAUGAUACACGGCGAGAUUCGAGGUGAUGCGUUCCACUUCAACGUUGAGACAGGGCAGGUCAAAGUCAUGUCUUUUGGAUCUGGGGUUCGUUCGUUUGAACAUGGCUUGACAAGCACCGGGUGGUCUACUCUUUCGAAAGAACUUGGAGCACGGAACAAGCUCUUAUACAUAAGCCCCGAACAAACAGGUCGAAUGCCUGCGGAGCCAGAUAGCCGUACCGAUAUCUACUCCCUGGGUGUCUUGUUCUGGACCCUAUUGACCCAGCGGCCUGUUUUCGAGGGCGACACUCCUCUUGACAUUGUACAAGGUGUUCUUGGUCGGAGGAUACCAAACGUAUCUACCGUGAGACUCGACGUUCCGGAUGUUAUUGGAAGGAUUAUACAACGGUGCACAGCAAAGAGUGUCACAGAUCGAUACCACUCAGCGAGCGGCCUUCGUUACGAUUUAGCCAAGGUUCAUGAGUUCCUCGGCGAUGGAGACUGGCUGGCACUCAAGGAGUGGAGGAUUGGCACAAGGGAUGUAUCGUCUUUCUUCAUGCUUCCUGCCAUCAUGAUCGGUCGUCAGCAGGAGCAAGCAGAAUUGAGCAAGGUUAUUGAUCGUGUUGCAAAAAGUCACGCCAUGAGUCUCAAGGGAAACACCAACAGAUUCUCUGACGGCUCAACUCUAUCAAAUGACGUCGCCGCGUUCGAUGAUAUAUCUAGCGAAGGAGCAAGCUCUGUAGACGGCACCAACUAUCGAAGCGGCUCGUUCACACAUACUGCUCCUUCCGAAACCAAAAUGCCAAAGACCAGCUUCAACCCCUUAUAUUCAGAUACUCAAACGGUUUCUGGCGAUACAAUCGCAUCGUCACCUUCGGGCACACUUCCUCGAGUCGCUAGACCCUGGGAGAGACACCAAUCCAUUUCCAUUGAAACACGCAGUCUCGUCGAAAGUUCUGGACCUGACUCUCAGACCCGUCACAGUAUGGUGGAGUCAACAGCGUCUAGCUUAUCAAGACAACUAGGCUCUGCCAAGUUCCGACGUCGUGAUUACUGCGAGGUUGUUACAAUUGAAGGCGCAGGUGGUCUUGGGAAGAGCUGCCUUGUCCAAAGCGUUCUUGUUGAUGCAAGGAGACGAGGUUACUGCGCCACGGCCAAGUUUGAUACGGCCAGGAGAACUGCCUUUGGACCUCUGCUUAAGCUGCUCUCGUCCCUGUUCAAGCAGGUCUGGGGUGAGAGAAACACCGAGACUCCUUUCCACCAGGGUCUCAAGCAAUUCGUUCGUCCUGUUUGGCCCAUGUUGCAUCGCCUAUUAGGGCUUCCAGAGUUUCUUCUCGGCCCCCCAGAAACAACGAUUGGCAGAUCGAUUUCAUCAUCUUUACAAUUUAGCUCGAGCAAAAGUAGUGUUAGGUCAGGACUGAAGCGCCGAGGAUCAUCUCCUGGUGGCUCUCCCAAGUUAGUUGCGAGAAACCCCAGUGUUGCUUCGCAAUCGUCUUCAGACUUUCUUCGUACUGGCACAUCCACCAAGACUAUGCGGCUGAUGAACAUCUUUCUGGAUGUACUUCGAGUUUUUACUGCACACAAGUUCAUUUGUUUCUGCUUAGAUGAUCUCCACUUUGCCGAUGAUGAGUCUAUGGAACUGGUCUCUCAAAUCAUCGCUUCACGAAUGAAGAUGGUCAUCAUUAUGACCUAUCGCACUGAAGAAAUCACAUGGGAGAAGAUCCAAAGCAUGAUUCAUCUCCCCGAGAACGAGGAAUUUCCUCGCUCUGGCAGCCCUUUAAUCACUCGCAUUGCACUGUCACCCCUGACCGAAGAUGACAUAGUUCAAUAUGUCUCAACAACACUCUGUCGACCGAAAGAAGAAGUCUUGCCUCUUGCGCUGGUGCUGCAGUCUAAAACGGCAGGCAACCCAUUCUAUAUGAGGGAGAUGCUGAGUGCUUGCCACCGGAAGAAGUGUAUCUGGUACGACUAUAGGGACAGUCAAUGGCACUACGACCUCGACAGGCUCUUUGAGCAGUUCCAAGGAGAAAAGGAUUAUGAUACGCUUGAUACCGCGUUCAUUACCCAUCGCUUGUCAGAACUCCCUGCAGCAGCACGAACCCUAUUAGCUUGGGCCGCCCUUAUUGGCAACUCAUUCUCAUUCGAACUCAUUUGUCGGUUGAUGAGUGGUGAGUUCGACUACCACGACGACGACAGAGGGGCAUGCUGUACCACGUUCACUCACAAGUCAUAUUCUCAAGGGGAAGCUAUCGCCGGCCUUCAAGCCGCCAUCCAGGCAUACAUCAUAGUACCUAGUGAGACCGAUGAUCGAUUUAGGUUCGCCCACGAUCGAUAUAUCCAUGCUUCAGCUGAUCUGCAGGAGUGCAAUUCACGGAAGAUGCACUUUAUCAUCGUGCAAACACUCCAAAAAUACCAUGGCAGCGAAAUCAAACAAUUGGACAACAUAGCGUCGCACAUCUGUGCCGCGGUCGAUAUAAUUCAGAGAAAAAUUUCCAAUCGUCGACAAUACCGCAAUUUGUUGACAAGCUGUGCUCAAGAUGCUGCAGAGAGUGGCGCAAAGCCUACAGCCGCAAAGUAUUACAAAACCGCUGUAUCUCUAUUACAGGACGACCCAUGGACGGAAGGCAGGGAAGAUGUGUCUUACGACGAAACGAUGCAACUAUACUUAAGAACAGCCGAGUGUUAUCUCUAUAUGGGUAAUUACAUGGCAGCAAAUGACAUUCUCAGCACCAUCUUCGCCAAUGGAAAAUCACCAUUCGAUAAAGCACCGGCAUAUGUCUUGCAGUCGAGGAUAUGCGCACAAAGUGGCGAUUCCGUUGCUGCUCUAGCUUCACUCAAAGAUUGCCUGGUUGGGCUUCAGGUUACUGUCGAUGAUGAGCCGAGUUUCAAGAAGUGCGAUGAUAAGUUCGAACGAUUAUCAAUUCAAAUCCAGACAAUGGGCCAGGAAAAACUCCUCAAUUAUAAACAGGCGGCAGAUGCCAACGUUGCGUCCAUAGGAGCCGUCCUGUCAGAAACCGUUAGUGCCGCUUGGUGGAGUGACAGCUUGCGCUUUUAUCAUCUCAGCCUCAUGAUGGUAGAAAUGCACCUGGAAAGAGGCGCUUAUCCGCAGUCUGGAAUGGCAUUCCUUUAUCUCGCAAUGAUCGCGCUGUCUCGCUUCAACAUGACACAGUUCGCAGUAGAUCUGAGCAACACUUCCCAGGACCUUCUUUAUCAAUCUCGAGACCCUUUCUUCCUUGCUCGCGGAUUGAUGCUUUAUUCCAUGUGCAUUGGUCACGUUCAUCUGACGAUGCCCAUGAUCUGUGCACAGAUGGAGGAUGCUGUGGAAUACGCGUCAGUUGCUGGCGACAGACAAUCGAUCAUAAUGUCGUACGGCGUGUCUGCAAUCUUCAAGUUUUUCGGCGGAGAGAAUUGCGCAGACCUUGAAGGAUUCUGCCAGUACGGUUGUGAGGAGAUUCCCAAUUGGUAUUCUGACUCUCGAGGAGGUUCAGUACUCAUUGUCGUCAAGCAGCUCUGCAGGGCUCUGCAGGGCAAGACUCGCAUUGCGAAUGCACUCGAAGUCAUGAACGACGAAACCCACAAUGCGGAGAACUACAAGAACUGGUUGAUCAGUUGCAACAGCAAAAGCAACCGGUCCAUCACUUUUUACGAGAGCUUCGAGAUCAUACCCUUAUUCCUCUACGGGCAUUAUGAGCGUGCCGUAGAAAUUGGGGGUCAUGCUAUCGAUCAGCUCAGUAUGCUCUGGUCUUCCUAUAAUAGUAGGGUGAUACUAUUGUUCUACGGGCUAGCUCGUGCCGGAUACCUGCUGCAGAAACUCCAGCUCCCUUGUUCUCCAGAUGAAACCUUUUCCUCGCAGGUCGAGGAGGUCAUCAGGGAACUGCGACGCUAUGCCAAGAUGAUGGAUGAGUGGUGCACCCUCUCAGACAUUAACUACCUGAGUUGGAUGAAGUUCCUGCAGGCCCAGGUUGAGGAGCUGUCCGGCAAUUAUGGAAAUGCCAUCCAGAACUACGAGUGUGCCCUGGACCAUGCUACCGAGCAUGAUUCGAUUUUCGAUGAAGCCCUUGGCAAUUACCUCAUGGCUGGCAUGUUCAUCCGGCGAAGCGCACGUCGAUCAGCUCGUGCAGCGCUUCUUGAAGCGGUUGGGUUGUUCAGGCAGAUGGGUGCCGUUGGUGUUUCGAAAGCUGUCGAGGAGGAACACAGCCUGCUACUGCAUGGCCCUACAAGGAACCAACGAACCACCGAUACGGGCGUGCAGACCGACUUCGUUGCUGACACAGCAUCCGUUCAGUACCGGACUGUAGAAGCGGAGGACGGUGGAGAUCUGACACGUAUUCCAUCUAAUACCAUGAACAUGCCCGACCUUAACAAGGGCGAGCGCAUAGGAGCAUGGAGGGGUUCUAUGAGUAUCCAGGCCGAGCCCGGAGUGGGACUGCCUGCUCUCGAUAUGAUCGAUCUGCAUGCCAUUCUUGUCUCUUCCCAGGUUAUCUCCUCCGUGUUGCAAGUAGACGAGCUUUUGAAGACUAUGUGCGACGUCAUCCUGCAAACGUGCGGUGGCUCGGCUACACUGGCUGCCAUCGUCGUCCAAGAGAACGAUAUGGACACUUGGUGCGUAGCAGCUAGUGGCGACCCAGAGAGAGGUGCCUCAGCACAUAUACCAGGUAUACCCCUAUCUGGAACCUCGCUCAUCGCUGAGAAUGUCGUUCUCUAUUCCACGCGUUUCCUUGAGUCGGUCUUCGUCCCUGACCUGGUAUCUGAUGAGAGAUUCGGCAACGUCAACGAUUCAUGGCUUCAAAGAAAUCCUGUUGGCAAGAGCAUAAUUGCCAUUCCAAUCUGCCAUGGCAACAAACCGCUACUGGGUGUGCUCUAUCUUGAGGGCGAACCGGGUGCUUUCACGGAUCGCAAUGUCACUGUCCUGCAACUACUUGUCAACCAAAUUGGCAUCAGUUACUCGAACGCGCUGGCGAUGAAGAACGUAGAGAAGAUUUCGGCAGAAAACCGCUCUAUGGUCGCCGUACAGAAGCGAGCUCUAGCCAAGGCACUCGAGGCAGAGACAAAGGCCAAGAACGCGGAAGCGGAAGCCAAACGGAACGUCAAGCUUGCGGAGGAGGCGGCCAAGGCCAAAUCCAUUUUCUUGGCCAACGUCUCUCACGAACUUCGCACUCCCCUUAAUGGUGUUAUUGGUAACUCUGAGCUCCUCCGUGACAGUGACCUGAACAGAGAUCAGCUUGAGAUGGCUGACUCUAUCCGAGUGUCGGCUGAUCUGCUUCUGACUGUUAUUAAUGACAUUCUGGACUUUUCCAAGAUGGAAGCGGACAAGAUGAAGCUGUACAUCAUUGCUUUCAACCCCGAAGAUAUGGUUCGCGAAGUCGUUCGGGCCGUCUCCUACAGCAACCGCGAAAAAACGUCCAAGAAGAAUGUCAAGAUUGUACAGAACAUCAACCUGCCGCCUAUGUUGAUAUAUGGCGACCCUAUUCGUCUUCACCAGGUGCUGGGUAAUCUUAUUGGAAACAGUCUCAAGUUCACUGAAGAUGGCUCGAUAACUAUUGGAGCCCGACUUGACAAGGAGACGCAGGAGCAUGCUACUCUUACCUUCUGGGUUCGGGACACUGGUAUUGGUAUUCCUCCUCAGCAACUGGCCAAACUGUUCCAGCCUUUCAGCCAGGCGGAUGCCAGUACUGCAAGAAAGUAUGGAGGAAGUGGUCUCGGUCUCAGCAUUUGCAAAUCUCUCAUUGAAACAAUGAUGAAGGGUAAGAUUAGGCUCGAGAGCGAAGAAAACGUGGGUACGACAGCCUGGUUUACCGUCACGUUCGAAAAGGCCAAGCCCGAUGUUGCUGCAGGCGAUGUGCAGACUAAAGCUACGUCCUCGACCGACCGCUAUUUUGCAGCUGCCUCCCCCGUAGAGCGAGCCGAAUCACCAAACCCUUACCUGGACUUAUCCAAGGUGCCCAAGGAUGAGAUUCGCAUUUGCGUUGCCGAAGACAACCCCAUCAACCAGAAGAUUGCCAUCCAGUAUGUGCAGAGGCUGGGGUACAAGGGUGUCGAGGCUUAUGACAAUGGACUUAAAGCUGUCGAAGGCCUUCGACAAAAAGCCAAGGAGGGAAGACCGUAUCAUGUUGUCUUGAUGGAUGUCCAGAUGCCGGUUCUUGACGGCUAUGAGGCAACAAAGCUGAUUAGGAAGGACUCUUUGGACGCAGUGCGCACAAUCUUGGUUAUUGCCAUGACGGCUUCUGCAAUCCAAGGAGAUAGGGAGAAGUGCUUGGCUGCUGGCAUGAAUGACUAUCUUGCCAAACCUGUCAGGUCGGAGAUACUCAAGAAGAAGCUCGAAGCGUACCUGUGUAUCGAGCAUGCACCAAAGCCAGAGCCAUCACCUCCAGUGCCCCAAGGGUCGACCCUCAGCCCGCACACGCUUGCGGGGGCUCCCACUACCAAAUCGAAUUCUUCUUUUGUUCUUCCGUCCCCUGUAGUGAAGCCGAGCGUGGGAACAAGAGGGCCAUCCAAUGCAUCUCUUGAUCCUAUGCAGGAAGAGGCUGUGUUUAAUCAGCCCGUUGACCAGACUGCGUUGCAAGCACAGGAAAGUCCUGUGUACGGCAAAGAGCAGCGAGAGCCAUCACCGUUAACGAUUCCGGGCGUUGUGCCACCUUCGACAAGCACGGCUGCCCCUAGCCGUAUGUCGAGCGACGAUCGCUCUAUAGACACUGCUUCCAUCGCGGACAGUUCUACCUCUCAGUCUCAGAAGCGAUUCCCUCGGAAGCUCACCAAGCAACGUCGCAGCAGCGAGUCAAAUAGCGAGCGACCGUCCCUAACCGGCUUCUCCAAUGACAAAUCCAGAAGUGUUCUAAAGAAACCACAGCGACAGAGCACAACGAACCUUGUAGAGGAGGGUCAGAAGGCAGAGAAUAGUUCUUUCACGUCCGGGAAGGAUUCCAGCAAACGCAGCAGUUUGACAUCCUCAGCUUCAUCAUUGAAAGAUCGAAUAUUCCCCCACUAA